CGUUCAACUUGAACUUUCACAUCGCAUCUUUCACGCCGACAACACUCGUCCGAAACUGAGUACCAGCUCCUUAGCUCGUCAUCGUCCAGACUUCAAACAGCAUCGACUCGAAGUCCUAGCUCCGUUGGAUACCCGACUCCGCCGACCAAAUCCCGUCCGUCCGCUCGUUCAAAUCGUCCACUCGCUCAUCCUUGUCACGUUCGUUUUCGACGUCUGUUAUUCAAUCAGAGCGGAAUACCCAAAGUCAACAUUCAUCGAAAAAUGAUGCGUCAAGUUGCAGUUCUCCUUUGCGUGGCAUUCGCCGUUUCGUUGGUCUACUCCCUGCCGGCCCUUCACCGCGCUAAACGCUGGGAGGAGUUUCCUAACGUGACACUCACUUUCGACUGCACCGACCGACCACUUGGAUUCUACGCCGACCAGGAAUUCGAGUGCAUGUUGUUCCACAUGUGCGACGAAGACGGCCGCCGUAUCCCUUACAUGUGCGGCUCUGGAACCGCCUUCAACCAGCAGUACCGCAUCUGCGACUGGAUCCACAACUUCGACUGCAAGGAAGCUAACAAGUGGUUUUACUUGAACGAGUUGACUUACGUCACGGAUCCUCCCAAGCCAAUCAAAGCUUAAGGGAAAUUUCGCCGACUGGAGAAAAACGGGGCUAAUCUUUUGAUUUUUCCUUUUUCGUCUUCCGCCCUUUUCUUCGCACUUUUCUUCUUCUUCAUCUGUUAUUUUCUUCAGCAUAUUUUCUUUUCAUGUCUUAUUUUUCUUUUCCUUUCUAGCGUGCGUGAGAGCCAGUCCCUCCCCUCAUUAUUCAUCAUUUAAAAAAAAACGCGCUUUUGUACAUAUCCGUUACAUAGAGGGAGGGAGUUGCGAUCUGCUGAUGGCAACUUGUAAUAAUGGCACAUCUGUCCUCUCUUUUGUCCCACUUAUCCAUUUGGGAGUGGUUGUUCGAUCGGUGGGCCGGAGAAAACAAAGGACCAUCGACAUGUCUGUGACAUCCCACGUCUCCGAUAGAAGAUUGCGGAGCAUUUAUUCCUUUCAUUGAAGAAAAAAAAAAAAAACAAUCUGGACGUUCGACGGAGCGGUCGACGGAUAUUUUCCGAAAUUUCCUCCCACCCGCAUUCCGCAACGUCCUGCAACUACUAUUAUCUCACACCUCUCCAAUUCUCCAUUUUUCUUAUACUCCUCCUCGAUUUCCUUCAUAUCAAAUUCGUUUAAAUUGUUGCCUUGCGCAGGCGCAACUAACCUCUAGCAAGUCUUAAACGACAACACAAAACAACAACAAAAAGAAAAAUAAUAAAACCAUUAAGAAAAUACGAGGCAGCCAAUAAAAACAUGACAAUUAAGUGUAGCCACCUCAUUACCCAAUUUUUCGAAAUACAUUCAAACAUUUAUGAUUGAAAA